AUGGCAACGCAAAGAGCCCUUCUGGUCGAGGAAAUCUGCAAACCUCUUGUGCUUGUCCACGACCGCUCGAUUCCAACACCACGAUCUGGUCAAGUGCAGAUCAAGGUAACUGUCGCCGGCCUCAAUCCACAUGAUCAAAGGAGCAGGGAUACAGGCCUCCUCAUCGGCGACAAGCUGCCCGCUAUCCUCAGCAAGGACGUGGUGGGAACGGUUAGUCGGAUUGGCGAAGAUGUCACCGGCUUCCGGGUUGGAGAUCGUAUCAUGAGCCUUGGUUCCGGAGCCGUGAUGGACUCCUCUCAGUCUGGACUACAGGAAUAUGCUCUGGCCGAUGUCGUGAACUGCACGAAAGUCCCAGACAACAUUUCCGAUGACGAGGCGGCGACGCUACCUACCAACGUGUCAGCGGCAUUUGUGGCUCUCUUCGACGUCCUGCAGAUCCCUGUGCCAUGGGAGGAUAGCGGAACGACUCCAAGUGCAAUACUCAUUGUCGGCGGCGGCUCGAACUGCGGAAAACUUGCUGUGCAGCUGGCGAAACUCCGUAACAUCCAGCAGAUCGUAGUCGUGGGCGGAGAUGAGAUGCGACUAAAGAAACUGGGCGCAACGCACGUUAUCGACCGUCACCUUGGUGAAGGUGCCGUGGUCAAGCGGAUUCGAGAUGCGGCGGGAGAUGAUUUGAUAUACGCCCUCGAUGCAGUCAACAUGCCGCAAGGGCUUGGAGUUGCUUUCAAAGCCCUUUCGACCCACAAGCAAGGAAAGGUGGCGCGCUUGUUGCCAGUGGGAGACGUUGAGGAUAGACGAGGACAUGACCUGCUUGAUGUUCUUGGGCUCUUCUUGUACCACAACCCGCCAUGUCUCGGCAUGUGGGAGCGCCUGACAGGGUAUGUUGAAGACGGUGCGAUCUCGCCGACCUCGUUCUCGACCAGGCAAGGGCUUGAAGCUGGUGUCGUGAAUGCUGCUCUGGAUGAGUAUCGAAAUGGCAAGAACAAGGCCAAGCCGCAGAUAAGGAUCGGAUGA